UUUCUCCCUUUUCUCAGUCUCACUUCUUACCUUCACAUAUACAGGCAGGUAGGGCACACGGGUCUGGGAGUGUGUGUUCAUGUACACUUCACACACACCCAGAAGCAUCCACACACAGAAACACACUCACUGUGAGUGACCCAUUGCCAUUGGCCAGGCCCACCAACCCUCUGCCUGUCCGAUCUGAAGAACAGGACCAUUUGGGAAAGGAAGAGAAAGAGCAGGAAGAUGAUAACGCUGAGGUUGAUGUGGGGACUCCUCGUCCUGUGUGUGGUGGCAGCCUCUCCCCGCAGAUAUGCCCGACAAGCAGAACUAGAUAACUAUGGCAACAACAAUGUGGAUUUAGACCUGAAUGAGGAUGGUGAUGAUGUCUAUGACUAUUACAAUGGAAUUGAUGAACCACAGAUAGAGAUUGGCACCUUGAGCCCCGAUGAGGAUAUUGAUCCUUCACACCAUGCCUCAUUGGAGGAGGAAGAAGAGGAGGAGGUGGAGCAUGAAAAACGGAGGACAGUUGAGGGGAGAGAAGACAAGGAAUUACCCAUAAAGCCUCAGCUGAUUCCAUCAGGCUUUGGGGAGUCAGGGACUCUGAUGGGCCCUAGUGCACAGGGAGAGGAGGAGCUUCGUCUGACGCCCAUUGACAUCCUUCAGAUUUCUGGGGACAUUUCGGGUUCUGGUGAAUUGAGCUCUGGAGACUUACUUGAUGACAAAGCUUCCGGUUCUGGAAAGCCUUUGGGCUCUGGAGGUUCUGGGGCCUCUGGUGACAUAUCAGGUUCUGUGGACUCAGAGGACCUUGGUUCUGGAGUCUCUGGGCUUUCUGGUUCAGGCAUAAUAUUGAUCUCAGGUAGAGAGGAGGAGCUCCACUUGACGCUUGAAACCAUUCCACACGAGGCCUCUGGGGAUUUUUGGGAGUCUGGAGUUUCUGCAUUACCUGAGGUGUCAGGAGAGCCUUCAGCCACUGUGGUUCUUGAGGUAUUUGGAGAGCCUGUGACUUCUGGGGUACUUGAGAUAUUAGGCAAUCCUGGGGCCACUGGAGUACCUGAGCUGUCAGGAGAGUUUGAGGCUUCUGGGGUACCUGAGGUGUCAGGAGAGUCUGGGGCCUCUGGGGUACCUGAGGUGUCAGGAGAAUCUGGGGUCUCUGGGGUACCUGAGGUGUCAGGAGAAUCUGGGGUUCCAGAGGUUUCAGGAGAGCCUGGGGCCUCUGGGGUACCUGAAAUGUCAGGAGAGUUGGGGCUCUCUGGGGUGCCAGAGGUAUCGGGAGAGUCUGGGACCUCCGGGGAGCCUGAGGUGUCUGGAGAGUCUGGGAUCUCUGGGAUGAAUGAGGUGCCUGGAGAGUCUGGGAUCUCUGGGAUGAAUGAGGUGUCUGGAGAGUCUGGGAUCUCUGAGUUGAAUGAGGUGUCUGGAGAGUCUGGGACCUCCGGGGUGCCUGAGGUGUCUGGAGAGCCUGUGAUCUCUGGGGGCCCUGAGUUGUCUGGGGAGUCUGAGUUCUCUGUGGUGCCUGAGGUGUCUGGGGAGCCUGGAACCUUUGAUUUGUUUGGAGAGUCUGGGGUCCCCGAAGAGACUAAACAGCCUGAGGUCACUUUCGAGUCAGGAGAAUCUGGGAGCCCAGAAGAGUCUGGGGUGACUGAGGCCCCAGUCGUCACCACUGAAAUAUUAAUACCUGACUUAGAUGAAGAGGAGGAGAUACUCCUAACUACCCCGACCACUCCCUUGGAGGGGGCUGGGGGUGAUAUAGGGUCAGGGAUACCUGAUACUGACAAAGAUAUUGAAACAGAUACAACAGGUAUGGCUACCUGUAUGCUCUGCACCUGCCUGGUUGGAUCUGUGUACUGUGAUGACCUUAAGCUGGACCGUGUUCCUCCCCUCUCCAAAGAAACCACUCAUUUCUAUGCCCGCUACAACAAAAUUGCUGGGAUCAGCAAGUCUGACUUCGCCAACCUGAAUAAAUUAAAGAGGAUCGAUCUGACUAGCAAUGGCAUUUCCAGGAUCGAAGAUGAUGCUUUCUUUGGCCUUCCUGCUCUGGAGGAGUUGAUAUUACGAGAGAAUAGUAUUAGACAACUUCCUGCUCUAGCACCCUCUAUGACCCUUAUUGAUGCCUCUCACAACCAGUUGGGCAGCACUGGCAUUCAGAGAGAAGCUUUCAAGGACAUGUCGGGGCUACUUUACCUUUACUUGACGGACAACAACAUAGACCACAUCCCAGUUCCUUUGCCUGACAGCCUGCGCUCUCUGCACCUACAGAAUAAUAAUAUCCAAAUGAUACACGAGGACACCUUCUGCAAUCCGCAUGACUUGAAUUACAUCCGCAACUCUCUUGAAGACGUUCGCCUGGACGGUAAUCCCAUCAACCUAAGCAGAACCCCGCAGGCCUACAUAUGUUUGCCACGUAUCCCUGUUGGUGCCCUUAUUUAAACUGAAAAAUGCACACUCAAAUGCACGCAUACAAAACUCACACGUAUGCACAUGCCUCAAAACUCCUCUGUACGUACCUCUCUCUCUCUCUCUCUCUCUCUCUUUUACUUUGGGCUCAAGCAAACACUUGGAUAUGAAUGGCUGUCUUUAAAGGAGGUUGGCAUAAAUACAUAAACUCACCCUCUCACAGGAGUUCUGGUGGACACUUCCAACUCUACGCUGCUUGUGUUUCUACCUUUCGACACAGUACAUACUUUUCAUAAUGUAUGAGGUUUGUAAUCAUAUCUGGAUUUAUGACGUCUCAAACACACAUAUGUGUCUAACUUCAUAAACAAUCUCUUUUAGAGAAAAAGAGAGCCAUGCGUAACUCAGAACAUUUUUUAUUUAUCAAAUACUAAUGAACCUUUUACAAGUGCAAAUAUGAACAAAACCGCACAAAAACCCUCUUUGUGUGCUGUACUGGUCGCCUGUCUGGGGUUAGCUGCAAAAGCCAGCCCAAAUUGUUUAAAUAUGUUUGUUUUGUAAAUGAAAUAUUGUUAAUAUUCAUAUAGAAUUUAACAAAUGUUUUUCAUAAUUAACAUAAACUAAUUGAAACUGGUGCUCAAUUAACUUUUUGAAAGGUAAAUUUGACUAAUGCAAUAAAAGAAGCAUUCUAACAAUGAAUUUGUUGUAAAGUCUGUAUUGUAAUAUAAAUACAUAUAAGUUGUUUUUAUAUUAUUGUUUUAAAAGAACUGCAAUAUUUUGGUAUAUCACAAUUCAAGCUGUUGUAAUGACCAAUGGCCUUCAAAAUGAACAUUUCAGAACUGUUGUAUUGGCUGAGAAUUGAUUCGGGGUUAAAUAUUAGCUCAGCAUUGUGUGUUUUGUAUUGAAAUAAUCACACCUGAAUAAACUUUUCUGAUGACCUCUCCAAAACA